AUGAGAAUUAUCGACACAAUAAUCAGUUACAUAUCAGAAAAUGUUCAUAUUGAGGUAAUUUUUUUCUUUUUUUUGUAUCCUAACACGAUUUUGAAUAUAAAAAUUUUUCAGGGUACCGCUGUGCUAGGAAUUUUAGUGAUUAUUCUUUGCUUCUACAUUUCAUUCAUAGUAUCAUGGCGAAAACCGCUUUAUUAUUAUUUAUUCUUGGUGGAAAUGCACACAUGGUCAACGAGGCGAAUAGUGCAGGUUCUACAUCUUGGUCAAGAAUAUAUGCCAACAAUAGGUUGGAAUCGUUUAGUUUCUCGAAUGCGCGCACGUGCGCCACGAUUUCAAGGCGAAACCCGAGUCGCUGUAUCUGACACAAAUAUUGUGAUCCAAUCACCAAAUACAGUUAUCGAUUCGCCGGUUUCAACAAGAUCACCGGAUCCAAAUCGCAUAACUUUUUGGGAUAUUGAAAUGCCACGAAGGCCAAAUGGACAACUACCAGAUGCUACAAGAGAUAGUCAAUAUGCAGCAGCUGCUGCUAUUGCUAUUUUAGCCAGAGGGUUAGUUUUUCCGGUGUAAAAUUCUAUUUUUUAUACUAAUUUUCAAAAUUAUUUUCAGUGUCGAUGGCCAUAUGCGUUCCCAUGUCUUCUUUGACAAUCUACGAAAUUCCACCUCCGAUUCGCCAUCAAGAAAUCGUGUUGCAGCGGUAAUUUCACAGCUUGUUAGUUCUAGUCUAGCUAGAAUCAACUACAUCCGCUUUAAAAAAAAGUUCAAUCUUUUUACAAUUGCAAUUUGUUCUUUCAGAACUACAAUAUUCCUGGGACACGAAGACGAUUUGAAGCUGGUCAAAAUGUGGCACAACCAAGGGAAUAUAUUCCAGAGGAACAUAUUGAUGAAGAUCAUGUUCCAACUGAUUAUAGCAGUUUUUUGCCAGAAGAAGAAGAGGAAGAGGAAUCGACUAGAGUUGAGGAAAAUAUGAAUGAAAAUGAGGAAUUAGAAGAGGAAGAGGAAGAAAAUGAAGAAGUACCUCAAGAAGAUCAAGAAAAAGUGUUGAUUCGUUUGAAAUUCAUGAAUGACACUGAAAAAGAGACAUUUUACCCUUUAACUCUUACAAUUGGACAAUAUAAAAAAGCUGAAUUUUUCUCGAAUGGAAAUAAUAACAAUAGUGUGGUUCGAUUGAUUUAUCAGGGACAAUUAUUACGAGAUGAUAAUCGGACUCUUGAAUCAUAUGGAUUGAAAAGUGGAAGUGUUUUACAUUGUCAUAUUAGUUCGACACCGUAUACGAGAGCUGUGAGUUUUUUUGUUGGAAAGGGGGCGGUAAAAUCAUAAAUUAGAAAAUGUUUGAAACAAAGAAUGAUUUUCUUUUUGAAUUUCUACAAAAAUAUGUCACGUUAUAAAUUGAAAAAAAAGUUCAUUUUUAAAACAAAAUUUCUUUGAAAAUUUCAAAAAACAUCAAUUAAAAAUUUUUUGGAAGAUUUGAAGAUAUCUGGACUUGAACUAUCCAAAAAAAUUUACGGUAUAAAAAAAACAUUUUUCAUAAAAAACCAAUGAAAUCAACCGAAAAAGUAUAGGUUUCAUUGAUUUUUAACGAAAAAUUCUAAAUUUUAAACGGUAAAAUUUUUUGAACAGUUUAAGUCCAGAUGUGAUCUCAAAUUCUUGCAUAAUAAUUGUUAAUUGAUGUCUUGUGAAAUUUUCAAAGAAUUUUAUUUUCAAAAAUUCACCCUUUUCCUGUUUUUGAAAAAAAUCAGUCCGAAUUAGAAUUCUCCUAUCAAAGAGUUGUUUUUAGUCAACAUCAAAUCAUGAAAGUGAUAUUCCAUCAACUUCCCAACCUUCAAAUUCCCUCUACCCACCUCCAAGACGACGAGAAAGACACGAACUCGCACUCGCAAGCCAAGCCGCAGCUCGUGAAGCCGCUCAACAACAAUUAUUUGAAAAUGAAGAAACCGAAACAACAACAGUUCAAAUGCUCCGAAUAAUCAAUCUUCUUUUAUAUUCAAUUAUUCCAAUUGUAACUGCACUUGGAUUCGAUAUUUUGAGACUUCGAAUGAAUUGGACAAGAGGCAGACAUGCGAUGCAACCAAGUCUUCUUUGGUUGGCUUAUCAAUCUGUUCAUAAUUUCAUUUUGGAUGAAGAUAUUGUUGGACCAGUUAAUCCGAGAACUGGAUUGCCGGUUAGAUUUCCGACGAGAUUAUUUUUGGUUUUUGGAGGUGGGUAUUGUUUUGAAGGGGAUUUUCAGUGAAAUAUAUGUAUUCUAAUAGUUUUCGACCCGCUGAUCAUGAUCCUGUUGUCUAAAAUUGCAGAACUAAAUUCCUAAUGAGUUAUGACAUGGCGAAAUUCGAAAAAUCGGGACUUUUUUCAAAAUUUUCGAGCUUUGCCACGUCAUAACUCAUGUUAGGAGUUGAGUUCUGCAAUUUUAGACAACAGGAUCAUGAACAGCGGGUCGAAAACUUCUAGAAAACAUAUAUUUUACUAAAAAUCUAGAGUGAAAGUUGUUGACCUGAGCAAUGCGAUUAUCGAUUUUUUAAUUCCCAAAAAAUAGUUCUACAUAAUUUUGCAGGUCAAAUUGUCGCUAUAACAACAUUCUUCUUCUUUUUCCCCCACGUCGUUGAUAAAUCUGCACUCGUUCUUCUCAUUAUUCUCACUCUCUAUUUUGUAUUUGUUAUUUGGAAAAAUCGAAGAGAACAAGACAUUGGAGCAAAUGUACCACUUAUUGCUCAAAAUAGCUUACACGCUUCUUCUUAAACUCAGUAGGUAAGAAAAUACUUUCUAGAAUCUUAAAAAGUGUUUUUCGUUUCAGACAACGAAUUCGUACCUGUACCAGUGAUUAA